GUCGACACUUUGUCGAGGAAGAACCGCUAAUUUUGCCCGCAACAAUAGGAGAGUUGGAGGGCUAAAAGGCAAAGAUUCCAACGAGAAAGAUACGCUAAUUGAGGAGGUUAGAACUUAGAAGAUGUACAUGUGAAAUUGGAUCCAUCUCUCUCCAUCCUCUUACGCAAAAAUUGCGGGUGAUUAGAGAGGCCUCAGAACAAAACGACCCUCAUAAAUAGGACUGCCUGUGAUCACUCAAGCUCCGUGAAUUGCGUGCACUCUCAUCCUCAUUUUGUUGAUGUAACCUACUGACAUAUAUCUACCUAUCAGCUCCUGCUUCUUCUCAGAUUUUCUCUCUGAAAUCCUCGGAAAGAAGCGACUUCCCUCCGCUUCGGUUCUGUCCCUUCUUCCGCCUACGAUAGAUCCGAUAUGGAAAAUCAAACGGACGAGGCGAGGAUGUUCGACAUGCGCAUGUUGAAGACCAACCUUCCAAAGAAAAGAGGGUUGUCGAGGUAUUACUCGGGAAAGUCGAGGUCGUUCGCAUGCAUGGCCGAUGUGCGGUGCCUCGAAGAUCUCAAGAAACAAGAACACCCGGACGCCAAGAAAAGGAAAUACUUGGAGAGGAAAGAAGCACCAUUUCCUCCAUACCCAUGUCGAAGUGCAUCAUCUAGCAGCACCCAAUGCCUUAGUAGCUGCAUCGGCGUGUAGAUGCCAUGAUUAUUUGAGGCAUCUCUCUCUCUCUCUCUCUCUCUCUCUGUAUUUACUCAUUCAUGCUGUACAUAAACCAAAUUUUGAAUGGAUUGGUGACAAAAAAUUGGACCAAGACAGAAAGUGGAUCUGGACAGAUUUCUUCAGAAA